AUGACGGAGGAGUUUUUAUUCCAGAUUACUGUUCUGGGAACUCCUGCAGAGGAGGCUGCUGGAAGGAAUAUAAACCUGAUCCACGCAGGCGCCUUCACAGACAUGGAUCUCGUCUUCACGGCUCCUGCUGCUCAGCAGGACGCUUCGUUCCUCCUCGCUCUAACAAUCGCAGAAGUAACAGUGAAGGAUCAUGGGAAGGCGUCCCUCAGGGAGGUGGAGAUAAUCUACCCCACCCAGACCUACUUUAACAUCCUGCCUAAUGCAACGUUGGCCAGUAUGUUUGCAAGUAAUGAAGAAGCUCUAGGGAUUGAGUUUCCCAAGCCGCCUGGCAACUUUUCCAGCUCCACAGACUUUGGCAACGUAUCAUUCAUCGUGCCUGGUCUCCAUCCUUUCUUCUACAUUGGCACCGACGCGUUGAAUCACACAGAGGAAUACGCUGAUGCCGCAGGAGCUAAAAAGGCCCAGUUGCACACCCUGAGGACAGCCAAGGCUCUGGUGAUGACAGCUGUGGAUGCAGUGUGCUGCCCUGAUCUGCUGCAGCAAGAGAGAGAUGACUUCAGCCUGGCCAAACCCAAACAGGAGAAGUGA